AUGGAUCGGCGACAGUCGGAACAACAGCCAGAGGCGCAUUCUGAACAACAGCCUAACCAGCCUCCUGUUUUACAGCAAGCUGGGCAUAGGUCCUCUCACGAAUCUCAAAAUACCUCCAGAUGCGGGCCCCCGGCAGCAAUUCAGUCAUGUGCUCGACCUGAUCCUGAGUCAGGCAACCAGACUCCUCGACACUCUACUGCUCAGCAUUCAACUUCCGUUGAAGCGGCACAGCGUCUACACGAAUCUCCAAGGGAGUCAUCCAGUACUAUAAAAAGAGUUUCUGACGACCGCAUUUCAGGGUCUGGGGAUUGCAUUCGAAACAAAGAUACGGACAAGACGGGAUUUAAGUCUGCCCUAGACUGGACGGCUGCGCGCAGCCAUAUCGAACAAGGGCCAGAUGUGGUUGAUCAAGGUUGCAACUGGUCUCAGGUGGGGGCACCCGCCCCUGCCCCUACUGAUGCACCUAUUCCCCUACAUCGAAAUCCAAGUCCUCCGCAUCCCCUCGCUUUUCAACCUCCAGACGCCGUGAGCAUUAGUUCUAGGCAGAGAGAGUCCUGGCCACGCGAUGUUGCGUACGUUAUCUUCGAAGCCGGCCGUCAACAAGCCAUACAAAUGGAAAGAGAACGUGCAGAACAGAAUCAGCAUUUGGCAGUUAAUCCCUCUCAAGGAGCGGAUCAAAAUAUGGCAAUGCCAUUUCAUAAUGGCUUCUACUUGCCUAACCCUCUCCAAGAACCCUCUCAAUCUGCUGGAGCCUCAGACCAUUCUCAGACUAACAAUUCUACGGACCUUCUCAGCCCCGAUGAACAUCAUAAUGGGCGAGAAACUCAACAGCCCCAAGAAUCUCGUAUCGCUGAUGAUGCUCGUCGACGUUAUCUGAAAAGAAACCGGGAUGAUCUUAAGGAGACCUGUCCCGGUGAACCCAGUCCGCAGCCCUCGAGCCCUCGAUCUAUUCUCUCCAUAAGGAGACGUAUAAACUCGGGCCAUGCGGGUGCUAGCUCUCCUACUGCUAAGACUACAGAGGCUAGCCCUCUUGGAUCCGUCCCCUCUAUCGUCGUAUCUUCCAACUCUGGAUUCUCUGGCCCCGACGUUGAUCUCGAGGCUCAGACCCGCCCCGCGCCGGAGCAGAAAUCGCACCCGAGCAACAUUCCCCAGACUGACGGCGCUUCGGAAUCACCGCCAAUAUCGCCAGGACCAGUAAUUCCUCCGCCAAUGCCGAUGGGCUCACCGAGGUGUUCAGGAGUCCCAAGCCGGACCCCGCGAUCAGCCUCGCCUUCUGAUAAGGUUGACCCGGGAUGUCGCGAGUGUCCCUCAUGUUGCACCAUGACGUGUACCAGCAAGUGGUUCGCAAGAUUGACUUGCGGGAAUUCGAGCUGCGGCUGGAGAGUUUUCCUCGCCUUCAUGAUCGUGCUCAUCGGUAUCUCUAUCGGCUAUAUCGUCCACGGGAAGCAAAUUGGGAUUUCUUUUGAUGAGGCGCAAUGAGCCGUUCAUUCGUUUCACGUUUCCAAGACACGAGACACCCAAUUGGUUCCAGGUACCCUUUUUGUACGAUGUGACGGUUAUUAGCGAAUCGAUUUGUCCUACUCGAGUUUCCCCGGAUGUCUCGGAUCUUUUUCUCUCGACGGUGAGAAGAAUAUGGAUAUGGAUAUAGAGGACGUUCGUUUCGGAUGAUACCAAUAUUGUUUUCACAGCGUUGAAAAUUAAAGGUUAGAUCGAUGAAAAAGGCCAUGCUUGUAUAGUACCCAGCCAGUAU